GGUCAUUUCUCGUUCUAGCACGUUUUGGCCUUGCGGACGGAAUAUUCUCGAAUCCACAUUGACUGGAGUUUUCCUUGUGGACGGCAUCGUCAACUAUCAGAUAUUGUUCGGCUUUCGUGCGGAAUCGAUACGAUUGCUAUCCGGACCACGUUUUUACUUGGGGUUCCAGAAGUAUUGAUUAUUUCUGAGAGCUUAAAUCUCUGGUAAAAAUGGUGAAAGAGACCAAGUUCUACGACAUCUUGGGGGUGAAACCCGGAUGCACCGGUGACGAUUUGAAAAAAGCCUACCGAAAGCUGGCUUUAAAAUACCAUCCGGAUAAAAAUCCCAACGAGGGCGAACGCUUCAAGUUGAUCUCCCAAGCCUACGAGGUGCUGUCCGAUCCCGAGAAGAAGCGCAUCUACGACAUGGGUGGCGAGCAGGCCCUCAAAGAAGGAGGCGGCGGUGGAGGCUUCCAUAGUCCCAUGGAUUUGUUUGAGAUGUUCUUUAGCGGCGGUAUGGGAGGCUCCAGAGGCAGGAGGAGAGAACGUCGAGGCAAAGAUGUGAUUCACCAACUCAGUAUUACAUUAGAGGAAUUGUAUAAGGGUACGGUUAGGAAAUUAGCUCUUCAGAAGAAUGUUAUCUGUGAUAAAUGCGAGGGCAGAGGCGGAAAAAAGGGCGCUGUUGAGACUUGUCCCACUUGCCGAGGAACUGGAAUGCAUGUGCAAGUACAACAACUAAGGCCAGGCAUGCUCCAACAAAUUCAGUCUAUGUGCCCAGAAUGCAGAGGAUCGGGAGAACGCAUAAAUCCUAAAGAUCGUUGCAAGCAAUGCAACGGUAAAAAAGUUAUUAGGGACCGGAAAAUUCUAGAGGUUCACGUAGACAAAGGUAUGUCCGACGGUCAGAAGAUCUUUUUCAACGGCGAAGGCGACCAGGAACCGGAAUUGGAACCCGGAGACAUCAUCAUCCUGUUGGACGAAAAGGAACAUCCGGUGUUCAAACGUUCUGGAAACGAUCUGUUGAUCCGUAUGGACAUUGAACUUAUCGAAGCGUUGUGCGGUUUCCAGAAAGUCAUCAGGACAUUGGACGACCGCGAUCUGUUGAUCACCACACUGCCGGGCGAGGUAAUCAAGAAUGGCGAAGUCAAGUGUGUACUGAACGAAGGCAUGCCCCAAUACAAAAAUCCAUUCGAGAAGGGACGUCUGAUUAUCCAAUUCAUGGUACAAUUCCCCAAGACCAUUCCACCAGAAAACAUUGAACUGUUAGAAAAAGCACUGCCGCCGAGAACUGAAGUGAUGAUCCCCGAUCAGGCGGAAGAAUGUACUUUAGUAGAUUUCAAUCCCGAAGAGGAGAGCAGAAGACGGAACCAGAGGAAUGCGUACGAUGAAGACGACGAACUUCAUGGGCCCGGACAACGUGUGCAAUGUGCCACUACGUAAUAUAGUAAUUUUUAUUAUUGUAAUUCAUAUAUUAAAUUCGAUCAUCUACUAUUAUAACAAUAACUUUAGCAUACACUUCGUAGUCUAGUUUAAAAGGCGUUAUUCGUUUCUGUGGCAUCUGGCUAUUGCUUGUGUCCAAAUAUUUUGAGAACCUCUCUCAGUUGUCCUUUUACAGACUUCUGAUCACUACUGUUACAUAAUUGGUUUUUUGCCAUUUUAUAUCAUUUUUUAAUAGGGACAAUUGGGCGAUGAAUUUUAUUAAUUUAAGUAGUGCAUUAAUGUGUUCUAAAACUAUUUAUUAAUUUAAUUCCAUGAUGUACCGUGGCUGUAUUAUAUUUUUUCAUUCACAUUGAAAUCCUUUAUUUAUAGGCAGGUUAAUAAUAAAUAUUUUUUUUAUAUCGCA